AGCCAGGCGGCAUCUGGGCUCCUUCCCUGCCACGUCCCUGCUGCCGACCAGUUGCCCUAGUGACUGUGUGACCUGUACCCUUCUCCCUAGCUGCCGUAUAAAUAGAGGCACAGAGCAGCUGAGCGCUCCUGGCAGCCAUCAUGAAGGAACUCAGCCUGCUCUGCUGCUGUGUGGCUUCUCUCCUGCUCCUGGGGACUGCAGAACUGCAAGCCUCCCCAGGGGGCCUGGAAGACGGUGCCAGUUUUGCAGAGGGUCCGUUCUCAGCCGGAGAUGGCAGUCUAGAGGAGACAGAAGGGGCACUGUAUCCAGACCCCGGCCCUCCAGAGAAAAGCCUCCUCCUCCAAUACCCAGAUGACAGUGAGCCAGCGGCCCAGGAGGGGAGCGAGGCCGGGGAAGCUCGCCAACCUCCCGUCGGUGACACUGACCGCCCCAGCCCAGGCAUGGACAGUGGUGGAGCCAACCUUCCAAACCUCUCCUCCUCCCCCUCCUCCUCCUCCUUGGGGGCGGAUGCUGCCCGGCCCCUGGCCACCCCCGGGGAUGGGGAAGCUGAAGGGAAGGAAGAGGAGGGGCCGGCAGAAGGAACCUCUCCUCCCGAAGAAGCCGGGGAGGGGUCCCUCAUCGGAGGGCAGCAAGAUCCUCGGAGGAAUGAGGGGGAAGAACAUGAGGGAGAGGAGGAGGAGGGGCCGGAUCCUGUGCCCCUGAUGGAGGAGGCCAAGAGUGAGACUGUCGUGGCAGACCAGGAGCCUUUGGCGGGCAGAGGGGAAGGGACCGAAGAACCCGAGGGCCAGGCUGCAGAGGAAGAAGUGGUUCCUGAAGGGGCCGGGGUGGGCCCAGGAGGUGGUCCUGGAGAAGAGGAGAAGGAAGUGGCAGGCACCAAGGCACCAGACCCACUUCCCAGCCCAGGGGAGGAAGGAGCCACAGUCCCUCCUGGAGAGAGUGAAGGGGAUGAUGGAAGCAGGGGACCUGCAGAGACCAGGCUGGUUGGGCUGAAAGCGGAAGCUGGGGCCUGGAAGGAAGAGGAAGGGGAGGCCCAGGAGGAGCCCCAGAAAGAUAUAGGUGCUGCAGAAGGUGACCCUGAGCUGGGAGAAGAGAAAGAAGGAGGUGUGGAAGUCUCCUCUCCUGCCAAGGCCAGGGAGGAACCUGUGGAGGAUCAGGGGCCUGAUUUGGGGGAGGAAGUGGAAGGCGGUCAGCACAUCAUCGCCGAUAAGGAGGAGCCGGAAAGUGAAUCGUCCGAGGAAGGGGAAGAGAGCGAUGAAGUAGAAGGCAAUGAGUCCGAGGAGUCCAAAGAGGAUAGUGCUGAAGAGGCAGAAGAUGUGAUCGAGCUCCCUUUAAGAGACCGUUCCCACAUAGAAAACACCCUGAUGCUGAAUGAAGACAAGCCAGCAGAUGACUUCUCAGGAGUGUUACAGCGGUUAAGAAAGAUCUACCACUCCUCCAUCAAACCCCUGGAGCAGUCCUACCGGUACAAUGAACUGAGGCAACAUGAGAUUACAGAUGGGGAGAUCACCUCCAAGCCAAUGGUCCUCUUCCUGGGACCCUGGAGCGUUGGCAAAUCCACCAUGAUAAACUACCUCCUGGGCCUGGAAGACACUCGCUAUCAACUCUACACAGGUGCGGAACCGACCACUUCCGAAUUUACCGUCAUCAUGCACGGGCCCAAGCUGAAAACCAUCGAGGGCAUUGUUAUGGCAGCGGACAGCGCCCGCUCCUUCUCCCCGCUAGAGAAGUUUGGCCAGAAUUUCCUGGAGAAGCUGAUUGGAAUUGAAGUUCCUCACAAGCUCCUGGAGCGGGUCACCUUUGUGGACACCCCAGGCAUCAUUGAAAACCGCAAGCAACAAGAAAGAGGUUACCCUUUCAACGACGUGUGCCAGUGGUUCAUCGACCGAGCCGACCUCAUCUUUGUCGUCUUUGACCCGACCAAGCUCGAUGUGGGCCUGGAACUGGAGACCCUGUUCCGCCAGCUGAAGGGCCGCGAGUCUCAAAUCCGGAUCAUCCUGAACAAGGCGGACAGCCUGGCCACCCAGAUGCUCAUGAGAGUAUACGGGGCUCUCUUCUGGAGCCUGGCCCCCCUCAUCAACGUCACUGAGCCGCCGCGGGUCUACGUUAGCUCCUUCUGGCCCCAGGACUUCCAGCCGGACACCCACCGGGACCUGUUCCUCAAGGAGGAGAUCUCCCUCCUGGAAGACCUGAAUCAGGUGAUCGAAAACCGGAUGGAAAACAAGAUCGCCUUCAUCCGCCAGCAUGCCAUCCGGGUGCGCAUCCACGCCCUCCUGGUGGACCGCUACCUGCAGACCUACAAGGACAAAAUGACCUUCUUUAGCGACGGUGACUUGGUCUUCAAGGACAUCGUGGAAGAUCCCGACAAGUUCUACAUCUUCAAGACCAUCCUGGCCAAGACCAAUGUCAGCAAGUUCGACCUCCCCAACCGUGAGGCCUAUAAGGACUUCUUUGGCAUCAAUCCCAUCUCCAGUUUCAAGCUGCUAUCCCAGCAGUGUUCCUACAUGGGAGGAUGCUUUCUGGAGAAGAUCGAAAAGGCCAUCACCCACGAGCUUCCCAGUCUCCUGGGAAGCAUCGGGCUCGGGAAGAAUCCGGGUGCGCUCAACUGCGACAAAACAGGGUGCGGGGAGACCCCAAAAAACCGCUACAAGAAACCUUAACCCGCGGUGGACACUUAACCCGUUCACGUGUCCGGCUGGUGAUUGAGCUUACGUCUUAUCCGUCCAAAAAGCCAUGGUUGGUUAACCCUUUGAGUGCCCCACGGGCAGGAGCCACUACUGCAAAAUCAGGACUUCCGGUCUUUGAGGCCAUUGGCAGGGAAGUUGCAAAGGCCUAGGAAAGAGAAUGGAAACUGUGAAUCACUGAUCUUGUAAUCUUUCUUUUUAUUUAUUUAUUUUUGGGGGUGAAUUAGGAGACGAGAUUUGAGUUACUAGCAAAACCCUGCGACUUAGUAAGCGACCCCUCAAGCCACUAUUUACUGGAAUGGAGUCUGGAGAACGUGGAAUGGAACUUGAGACUGCUGUAAAAAAAAAAAAACCAAACUGGAGUCAAAGGAGAGAGCGAAUUCAGUUUCUUUUCCCCCAAUACCCCAGGAGAACAGUGAGGAUCAGGGCUAGAAAAAGAAAUCCAGAAACCAGUGCAUUCUCGGGCCUUUGCUGUCACAAUGUCAUUUUCUUUCUAUAAACCCCCAGACUUUAUGAGCUGCUGCUUCUGGACUAAGGAUGAGUUGCAGAGUUUUUCUUGCUAGAUCCCAGGGCGAGGCUGUCUCACCACUCUGCCCUUCCCAGCAGGUGCUGAAGGGGAGGGGGACAGGGGAACAUUGGACCCGUUGGGCAGCAUGAACACUAGCUUUAUCCAGUCCCCAGGAACCUGUUCCUUUCCCAUUCCCUAUCCUGGUGGAAUGUGGGAACCCAGGCCUGCAGAGAGCCCAAAGCCAGCUCAUCAGCAGUGCUGGACUUUCCCUUUCCCAGAAGUAGCUGCAACCCUAGUAUGAGAAGCAGAAGAAACCCCAGUUUCUUCAUAAGCCUGAAGGGCACAGAGGGCAUUCAGUGUUAGCAGGGAAUUGACACCCCACAGUUCUUUGAUGGCAAGUCAGGGCAAAACUUUGGUAGAACUCAGAGGGUUAACUGAUUUGUGGUUCGUCCUUGUAGGUUGCUGGCUUUUUUCUUUUUUUUCUUUUUCUCUGAAGAGUCAGAUGACUGAGGCUUCUUGCCAUUUAAAGGAGGCUGAGGUUGGGCCCCACCUUCCUUACUGGUGAUUGUUUCUUAGGUCAUUUGAAUUGUAGAUUUGGGAGAAGUGGGUGGCCACUGGGGUCUGAGUGAACUGAUGAAAGAAAAAGCUGCCUUUUUUCUGUUCGACUUGCCGUGUCUUCUUCUGGCUCCAAUACACCCACACCCCAAAUUGGGAGUGAUUUUCUACGAUUUAGAAGCCGCAGAAUCAAAACCAGCCUCUCCAUGUAAAUGGCAACUAAAGCUUAACUUGUAGGUCCUUAAACGCAUUAGGGUAUUAUGUCGGCUUAAAGCCGUUAGCGAUAGAAAUGUGGAUACAUAUGUGUGUGUGUGCAUGUGUGCAUUAAGAGGGAUACAUAUAUUAUAGAACAUGUCUAGAAAAACUUUUUCAUUGAGGAAACUAUUGCAUGGUAGAAGUGCCUUACUUACAAUAGCAGGCUCUUAAGGUGAGAGGGAAACCCUCAAGGCAUUAGGGAAGUGAACUUAGAGAUCCAGGAAAACCACGUAAUUGGCCAUGUGGCCCUGACUUGGGAUUGCUGGUCUUGGAAGGGCCCUUGACUGGAGUUCUUGGCUCUGAAGGCAGGCAGAGUGGGACCUCUCCUCCCACAAAGCAAGGGUCUGUCCAUCUACCUGCAAUGGGAGGGGAGCCAAGCAGUCCUGGGCCAGGCAGAAAAUGAAGGGGGAGGGAGGGAAGGCACGACCUGCAGUGGGGUGGGAGUAGGGAGUUGGCGGGGGGGGGUAUUGCCGAAAAGAAAAACCGAGAUCGGGAGGAGAAAUCGGGAUUCUGGAGCUGAUUACAUUGAGGCAGGAGAGCAGGGCUGAAGGGGCCGAGCGGCACCAGGAAUUCCAUUUCUAAAAGGAAGUGGGGCCAGGCCAACAUCCCAAUGUAGGCCACUGCUUUAGUUUGGGAGGGAGAGGGGGGCUGCCCUGCCCAGUCGGGGAAAGGGCUGUAAAUUCCUCAGCAUUACGGCAUCAGGACGGGAUCGGAAGGAAUCAGCUAAUGGAAGCUGGGAGAGAGAACGGGAGGAAGGAAGGGAGGGAGGGAGAUCUGGCUGGAAGAACAUUGUCGAGAGGGGCCGGCUACCGAGCAGGCAUCGGAAGAGAGCCAGAUGAGAAAUGGCAGCAGGUACCUGACUGAGAACACUGAAAUCGGCCCUGGGCCUUUUGCCCAUUUUUCAGUGUUUCACCACAACUCUUCCCUCUCACUUGAUUUUGGCUUGCCUUUCCAGCUCCCUCACUCUCUUUAGCUUCAGUUUAUCGACCAUUUUUUCUCUCAGUGCAGUAGUUAAUAAAAACGGUCAGACCUGUACAGGCAUUGUCAUAGCUGUUGAUGUCACAGUUGCUUACUUUUGUAGAAGGAAGCUAAUAAAUUCAUACAAUAUUUAUACUUUCAAGUGCCACAUUCCCUAUUUGUGCCUUUUCCUUACUUUCCCUCUUGGCAUGGUUUUUUCUUUCCAUUUUACUACUGUUUUUGGUUACCCCUGCUCUCUUUUUGUGCCUUCUCCCCUUUAAUUCUGCAUGUCUGUAAAAUAGCCUCCCCCCCCUUAAGUUGGACUCGAUGGCAUCCCUCUUUGGGGUGUUGGUGUCCAGGGGCGACCUGGGGGAUUUCCAGAGUUACUGCCGAUUUUAUAAGACCGUUUGGUCAAAAGCCUCUCUCCCUCGUGCUUAGGAUAUAUGGACUUUGCUUCUUUGACCACGACCCCUCUUGGGGACAAGCAACAGGGUAAGACAGGGCUGUAGGCUGGUACGCUUUUACUCGCUUUGAAGGUUGAAUAGAUUUAAGAACGCUUACGGCUUUGAGAAAAUGAACAGUACCUUGCCGGACCUUUUUUUUUUUUUUUUUUUUUUUGACUUUCCCAUCUCUCCCUCCUCCCUGGCCAGAAUCCCAGCAGGGGCAGGCCUCUAUUGCCCCCAAUUUGCAGGGCUACAGGCUCCCACUUCUGGGAAAGUUCGGCUUUUCUCAACCUCUUCACCCGAUGCCUCGUGAAUAAAUGCACCGGGGUGGGGAGCCCAGGAAGUCCUACCUGAUCUAAUCCAAGAUAUUUCCCUCCUUAGGGCUGCAGUUUCCUUAGGCAGCAGGAUGGUGUGACUAAAAAACCAAUGAAAGCCAUGCAUUUAGCAAAUGGAACAGGCAAGAGAGACUGUGAGCCCACUGUUGGGUAGGGACUGUCUCUAUAUGUUGCCAACUUGUACUUCCCAAGCGCUUAGUACAGUGCUCUGCACACAGUAAGCGCUCAAUAAAUACGAUUGAUGAUGAUGACGAACGACAGUCAGUCUGUCAUUUAGAAAUAAUGCCUCAAUAACCCAUCUCUUCUCUUAACCCUUCCUCCCCCAGUGGGGGGCCUGCAGUGUUUCUUUCAGGAGCGGCGUCUCGAGUUUUCCUCUGUUCUGGCAGGGGCAGGAGUUACACUGCGCUCAAUCUCCAACUUCACAACCAGAUGUCAGAAAUUUGCCUGAAAACUUCUGUUGUGUAUCACACCACCCCCUCGAAUAAAAUCGGAUAUUUUUGAACUCA